ACUAGAAUACUCGUGUGGAUUCACGUGUGAUAACUAAUAACAGUGCUCGAGACCGCCGUCAAAAUGCAACUUUAUAAAGAAGCAACACGGACAAUUCAACGAUUUAAAGAGUGUUGUGGAUUGUUGAGGUUCCAUCAAACUCUCAGACGUCAUAAAAGUAGUAGAUACAGCGACACGUUGAAUUUACCCAACACUUCUUUUGAGCUAUGGGGUGCAGGGAACAGAGAGCAGUCAGUUCAAUCGGCUUGUGGAUUCAGUGAGCUGUAUGCGUGGCAGAGGGACAGUCUGAGAGAGAAGAAUUUUACCUUACACGAUGGUCCACCUUACGCUAAUGGAGAUGUGCAUGUUGGUCAUGCUUUAAAUAAGAUUCUGAAAGAUAUCAUCAACCGUUACAAGUUGAUGAGAGGAUACAAGGUUCACUAUGUACCUGGAUGGGACUGCCAUGGACUUCCCAUUGAACUCAAAGCUCUCACAGAGUCCAAGGAAGAUUUUAGAAAGCUUUCUGCUUUGCAAAUUAGAAAUCAAGCUAGAAAAUUUGCAUUGAAAGCGAUUGAGAGCCAGAUGACUGCAUUCAAGAGAUGGGGGAUCAUGGCAGACUGGGAUAAUUGUUACUACACAUUCGACAAAGAAUAUGAAGCGUCACAACUACAACUCUUCCAUGACAUGUAUCAGAAGGGUUUCAUCUAUAGGGACGUAAAACCUGUCAACUGGUCUCCAUCAUCAAGAACUGCACUAGCUGAGGCUGAAUUGGAAUACAACCCUCAUCAUAUCUCGCCAGCCAUCUAUGUCAAGUUUUCCAUCCAUGCCCCAUCAACUCUGCUAGCUGAUGCCUUGGGCAAUACAGACAAUGCAGCUGUUGUUAUAUGGACUACAACCCCCUGGACUAUUCCAGCCAAUCAGGCGGUCUGUUACAUGGCUGAUAAAGACUACUGCUUGUUGGAAUGCAAGGGGACUGAUGAUAGACUGAUAAUUGCUUCCGAUAGAGUAGCAGAUCUGAAAGAAGUUUGGGGAAGAGAUCUCAGGAUUAUUACGACUUUCUCAGGAAGAUGCCUUGAAGGGUGUUCCCUGUAUCAUCCAUUGGAUCCAUGUCAUCAUGUGCCAUUACUUGCUGCUAACCAUGUCAAGAUGGGGUUGGGUACUGGUCUGAUUCACACUGCCCCAGCACAUGGUGCAGAAGACUAUGGAGUAGCAAUACAGCACAACCUCAAAGUGACAUGCCAGGUAGACAGUGAGGGGUUCUAUACCGAUGAUGUAAGGGAGGAACUGAGAGGAAAGAAUGUUCUUCUGGAUGCAAAUCAAACAGUAAUCGACAUGCUGGCAUCAUCCAAGAAUCUACUUCAUCAGGAGGACUAUGAACAUAGCUACCCAUAUGACUGGAGAACCAAGAAACCUAUCAUCAUCAGGGCUAGUAAACAGUGGUUUAUCAAUACUGCUAGUCUUCGAGAUACAGCCUCGGAGUGUCUAGAUGAGAUCGAUAUGAGACCGGUGUAUGGAAGAGCUACAAUGAGAACUCAGCUGGCAGCUAGGACCUUUUGGUGUAUAUCACGGCAAAGAGUCUGGGGCGUACCAAUCCCUGUCGUCUAUAACAAACAUACCGAUGAGCCUAUACUUACCAAGGAACUAGUAGAUCAUGUGACUGAUCUGGUGAUGCAUCAUGGGAGUGAUUGCUGGUGGAAGCUGAGCAAAGAUAAAAUUGUUCCUCAGAAUAUUUUAAAUCAGUUUGAUCUCUGUCUAGAUGACGUAGUGUUGGGUGAAGACAUCUUGGAUAUUUGGUUUGAUAGUGGUACUUCAUGGUCUCAUGUUUUAAAAGAUGCAGGCCAUCAGGCUGAUGUUUAUAUCGAGGGUGAGGAUCAAUAUGGAGCAUGGUUCCAGACCAGUUUACUCACCAGCGUAGCUGCACAAGGCACUGCUCCUUAUAGGUCUGUUUUGGUGCAUGGGUUUGCGUUAGAUGCAGAAGGACGUAAGAUGUCAAAAUCCCUCGGGAACGUUGUUAACCCUGAUGUCAUUGUGGGCGGUGGGAAGAACAAAAAGAAGGAGCCAGCUUACGGAGCAGACGUCCUAAGAUGGCGAAUGGCUGACUCUGAUUGGAUGGGUCGUAUCAACGUCGGACCUGACCUCUUUGCAAUGACCAAUCAGAACAUCAUAAAGCUACGCAAUACAUUCCGCUACUUCCUAGGAAACCUGUCCGACUUCAAGCCAAGCGAGGGUGCAGUUGAGACGACACCGUUGGAUCGAUACAUGCUUCAUCUGCUUCAUGAAUACAGUGAUCACGUGACGAGAGCGUAUGAGGAUUAUGAAUUCAGUGAAGUGACAAGAAGCGCUAUGGAUCUGGUUCAUAACAAGAUUUCGUCUUUUUAUCUAGAGACAGUGAAGGAUAGGUUAUAUUGUGAGAGAGGAGAUAGUGAGAAGAGACGUUCAUGUCAGACAGUACUCCAUCAUAUGCUGGAGGUCAUCUCAAGGUCGUUAGCUCCCAUCGUACCACAUCUAGCAGAAGAAGUACAUCUUCAUUACUCCAAACAACAAGAAGGUACCUUAAGUCAGAGUGGGAAGUAUCUUCCUAGUAUAUUAAUAUUUGUGGAGUUUAAAGAUAAUACAAAGUUUUGGGAAAUUUUGAAAAUUGGGUCGAUAGGGAUUCUUUACAGAAGUGUGUUCAAAUCCGGCUGGACGACCCCUGACCCUGAGUGGUAUCAACCUCAUCUAGCGAACCAAUGGGACGCCCUCACAGUCCUACGAGAGACAUUCCACAGUGCCAUUCAGGCUCCCAAGAGCAGGGAGUAUGAUGUCUCAAUCUACACACAGGAUGCCCAAGUGCUACAUCUUCUCCAGUUACUUCAAGAAGAAAAGACCAGCUGCGAAUCAGAUCUGUCUGAGUUUCUGAUGUCAUCCUUCACAACGGUUGCAAUGGGAACCCCUCCAUUAGAUAUUCCAGAUGGAUGCAAGUUGGUAUCUACAGAGCUUCCUAUACCAGAUGAUAUGACCAAGCUAAUGACGUGUAGUCUCGUCAUCCAGCCUGCUACCCAUUUUCGUUGCAAUCGAUGCAGGAAGCACACUGCCAUGGAAGCUAACAGACUCUGUGUACGCUGUACCUCAUCUCUUACUCAAGGCUGGGAAUGAGUCUAAUGACGUGUAGUCUCUUCAUCAGCCUGCUACCCAUUUUCGUUGCAAUCGAUGCAGGAAGCACACUGCCAUGGAAGCUAACAGACUCUGUGUACGCUGUACUGCAUCUCUUACUCACGGCUGGGAAUGAGGCUAAUAAUGUGUAGUCUCCUCACCCAGCCUGCUACGCAUUUUCGUGGUGUUUUAGAGGUGUCAUGGACGAGUGGAUAUGUCACCGAACUGAGGAUCACAAGGUCCGCAGU